CCGGGCGCCGCCUUUUUUUCUUUUUUUUUUCUUGCCCUGCCUGGCGCCUGAAGGGUUCGCACCUCCGGACCGAGCGGGGAAGAUGAGUUGAGGCGCUGCUGCCCCGGCGGAGCCAGCCGACGAACGAGAGCGACCCUGGGGGGACGGACAGAGCCCGCUCUUUGCAUGCAGCUGGCGCCGGCGGCCACCUUCUCCCGGAGGGCGCGGGCAGCCAAGCAGCGGCGGAUCAUGAUCCUCACACAGAUUGAAGCGAAAGAAGCAUGCGAUUGGCUGCAAGCAGCAGGAUUUCCCCAGUACGUUCAGCUUUAUGAGGAUCUUAUCUUUCCCAUUGACAUCACUGCAGUGAAGAGAGAACAUGACUUUCUGGACAGAGACGCCAUUGAAGCUUUAUGCAGGCGUUUAAAUACUUUAAACAAGUGUGCAAUGAUGAAACUAGAGAUCAGCCCACACAGGAAACGGAGUGAAGAUUCAGAUGAAGAUGAGCCUUGUGCUAUCAGCGGAAAGUGGAUGUUCCAGCGAGAGAGCAAGAGGUGGUCCAGACUGGAAGAAUUUAACAUUUUCCCUCCGAAGUUUGAUAUGAAUUCUACAUCCCCGGAAGUGGCUCAUCUUAGCAGUGCGACCAGUCAUGAGAGCAUGCUGAUGGAGCAGAGCGAACAUCAGGAGGUAGCUUCCAUCCACAGCAUGAGCAGCAAUAACAGCCAGCCAACUACCUCCCACAGCGAUGCAGUCGCCACCAGGACAAACUCGGUCAUUAGCAUCACCUCUUCGGGAAAGCUUGCGGCCAAUGAGGGAAUCCUGCCCCCCGUCAGAGAGUUGUCGAGUUUCGGUUGCAGUGUGAAAGCCAACGAGAAGAACACCAAAUCCAAAACAAGGAGCUUGCUGAAGAGGAUGGAAAGCCUGAAGAUUAAAGGCUCUCCUCAUGGGAAAAGUAAAGCUCCUUCCAAGCUUGGCCUGAUAAUCAGCGGUCCGAUUUUGCAAGAAGGCAUGGGCGAAGAGAAACUGAAGCAACUUAACUGCGUGGAGAUCUCCACUCUCAACGGCAAUCACAUCAAUCUCCCGAUGGUUCGCAAGAGAAGCGUUUCCAACUCCACGCAGACCAGCAGUAGCAGCAGCCAGUCAGAAACAAGCAGUGCGGUGAGCACGCCCAGCCCCAUCACGAGGACGCGCAGCCUCGGCGCCUACAACAAGCGUGUGGGGAUGUACCUGGAAGGCUUUGAUCCUUUCAACCAGUCGACAUUUAAUGAUGUCAUGGAACAGAACUUUAAAAACAGGGAGAGCUUUGCAGAAGAUGCAGUCUUUUUCAUCCCCGAAGACCACAAACCCGGAACGUUUCCCAAAGCCCUCUCCAACGGUAAUUUUGCUCCACCAAAGAGUAGUUCGGUGAACUGGAGAACGGGAAGCUUCCAUGGACACGGACACCUUUCUCUCCGGCGCGAGAACAGUUCCGACAGCUCCAAGGAUAUGAGCCUAGGACGGAGGCGCAACUCCUCCAGUUCGGUGUGCAGCCGGCUCAGCAUUUAUGACAACGUGCCGGGUUCCAUGUUGUAUUCUAGCACAGGAAAUCUGGCUGAUCUGGAGAACGAGGACCUCUUUCCUGAGCUCGACGACAUCCUGUAUCACGUCAAAGGCAUGCAGAAAAUUGUGAACCAGUGGUCAGAGAAGUUUUCUGAUGAAGGGGACUCCGAUUCAGCUCUGGACUCCAUUUCUCCAUGCCCUUCAUCUCCCAAGCAAAUCCUGCUCGAUGUGGACAAUGAUAGGACCGUGCCCAGUGAUCUAGACAGCACGGGAAAUUCACUGAAUGAAACGGAGGAGGCUGUAGGGAUCCAGGAGAGAAGGGAUUCUGGGGUGGGGGCAUCACUGACCCGCUCCAACAGACACAGAAUGAGGUGGCAUAGCUUUCAGAGUUCCCAUCGGCCCAGCUUAAGUUCAGUUGCCUUACAGAUCGACUGUCAAUCCGUUGCACAGAUGAACUUGCUGCAGAAGUAUUCCCUUCUGAAACUAACUGCCCUCUUGGAGAAAUACACGCCUUCCAACAAGCAUGGUUUCAACUGGGCUGUGCCAAAAUUUAUGAAAAGGAUAAAAGUCCCAGAUUAUAAAGAUCGAAAUGUGUUUGGCGUUCCCCUAAUCGUUAAUGUCCAACGUACCGGGCAACCUCUUCCGCAGAGCAUUCAACAAGCUAUGAGAUACCUUCGUAACAACUGUUUGGAUCAGGUUGGCCUUUUCCGAAAAUCUGGAGUCAAGUCAAGAAUCCAGGCCUUACGUCAAAUGAAUGAGAAUGCAAUAGGCAAAGUGAAUUAUGAAGGCCAGUCUGCUUAUGAUGUGGCUGACAUGCUCAAACAGUAUUUCCGCAACCUGUCAGAACCUCUCAUGACCAACAAGCUUUCAGAGACAUUCUUACAGAUCUACCAGUAUGUGCCAAAAGACCAGCGCCUCCAGGCCAUCAAGGCAGCCAUUAUGCUUCUACCAGAUGAGAACCGAGAAGUCCUGCAGAUUCUUCUGUAUUUUCUGAGUGACGUCACGGCUGCUGUGAAAGAAAACCAGAUGACGCCAACAAAUCUGGCGGUGUGUUUGGCACCUUCUCUUUUCCACUUGAACACCCUCAAAAGAGAAAAAUCUUCCCCAAGGGUAAUGCAGAGAAAACAGAGUCUGGGAAAACCAGAUCAGAAAGACCUAAAUGAGAAUUUGGCUGCAACUCAAGGCUUGGGACAUAUGAUUGCUGAGUGUAAGAAGCUUUUCCAGAUCCCGGAAGAAAUGAGCCGAUGUCGGAAUUCUUACACAGAACAAGACCUUCGACCUCUCAGCUUUGAGGACUUGGGACAAACUAAUAACUCGGAGUUUGCCAGUUAUCAUUCUUGUAUCCAGGAUUGUAUGGAUGAUUUUUUCAAGGAAAUAAAGGAUAAAUUUAAGGGCUGGGUCAGUUGUCCCACCCCGGAACCAGCAGAACUUGCCUAUAAAAAGGUUUGCGAAGGUCCACCUCUACGGCUAUGGAAAUCCGUGGUUGAAAUCCUUGCGACGCCUGAAGAAGUAUUAAACCGUAUCAUUAAAGAACAGCAUCUCUGGGAUGAAGAUCUUUUAGAUGCUAAAGUCAUUGAGACUUUGGAUAGCCAGACUGAAGUCUAUCAAUUUGUACAAAACAAUAUGGCUCCACACCCAGCAAGAGACUACGUCAUCCUCAGGACUUGGAGAACCAAUCUCUCUAAGGGAGCAUGCGCCCUCUUAAGUUUCUCAGUGGAACAUGACCGUGCGCCCGUCCUUGGUAUUAGAGUGAAUGUGCUGCUGUCCAGGUAUCUUAUUGAACCUUGUGGGAUAGGAAAAUCCAAACUCACCUAUAUGUGUCGAAUUGAUUUAAGGGGACACAAGCCUGACUGGUACACAAAAGCAUUUGGGCACUUGUGUGCAGCUGAGGUUGUGAGGAUUAGAGACUCUUUCCUUAAUCAAAAUCUUGAGGCUAAGGAAGCAACAUCCAGGUGAUGGAUCAAGUGGAACAACUCAGCCUAUCUGGAGACUUUCGGGGAAGGUUGAUUAUCCACCCUAGGACGGAUCUGAUAUCCAUUAGGUCCUAAAGAGGAACUUUCUGGAAUGGGUCUGAGAUUGUCCAUCAAAAUUAGGUGACAAUCCCUUGCAUUUUUUUUAAAGCUGCUUUUUUUGUCUGUGUUAGGCCUAUAGUGUAGGUCUUAACUGGAAAACUUUUGGAUGGUGCAACUUCUUUUUUUUAAAGGUAAGAUAUUAAUGUUUGCUUAGGAGCUGUGACUUGCUUCUGAGAAGCAAAGCUCCAAGACUUAAAUAUAUUUCUGAAAUAUAGUGAAAAUUAUUCAUUCCUCUGUUAGGUUAGCUUUCUGUAUGUAUCUGUAUGUCGUUUGUUGAGGGACUGCUGCAGCCACUGGAUUUGGUGUGUUCCUCGGUGGAUUUUCACGACAGUAAGUGUAGGAAGGUUUGCACGAAGGCAGAAGUGAAUGACUAGAGUAUGAAAAGCCAAAAUGGUGGUAGAAUCAGAGUGUCUGGUACACUUGGAAGGCAUUGGGAAGAAUUUAGCAGGUGGGAAGAGGAUCAGCCUAAGAAUCUGACUGAGAGACCCAUUACAAGCUUCAGCUCUUCAUUCCUCUGAGUUCUUAUUACUCAUGUCCGUAUCUAAAGAUUGACAGGUGUGGGGGCUACAUCAGCCAGGGCAAAGAUGGGUAAAAAGCCAGAUAUAUAUUUCAGGGUGUGUCUUUCAUAUGGCAAUAAUUUUGUAUCUGCUCCUAAGUUGGAAGGCCACGUGUUGGCCAUGCUCAGACUUCAUAUUAUUUGGAAUACUUUCUUAACGAUCUGUAAGGAGCACCUCAAGAAAAUGUGAAUGAAGUGGCAGCUCCAGAAAGUUUGAAUGUCUUGGAAAGGACACUACAUCGAUCCUGAUAUAUAGGAUUCCAAGGAGAAGAGAUAAUCUGGGGUGUGGAAGGACACUUUGUACAGCACCCAAUCUUUAAAGAAAACUGUGUUUUCUUAGUGCAUUUGGUUGCAGCAGAAAUCAAAAGUCUCUUUGGGUUUACUUCCAUAUCAUGGUCCCCAAAUCACUUUUCCUACCACCUUUUAGUAUCCGUUCACAUGUUAAGAUACAAAUAGAAGCCUAAACCAACAUCUUUGUUUAAUUAACAUAGGAAUAAAAGCUUGUAGUUUGAGUACAGGGCCAAAACUGCUUUCCAUAGCUGAACAGGGCAACACUGAAAAAUAUCAUAACUGGAACAUUAUAAAGUUCUAAAGUGUUUCCGCAUAGCAGAUACUCCUAGGAGUUAAACAUAUUCAUAUAACCCAUUCCAUUAUAACUGUAUAACCUCAUUUAUCGACAAGGUUUGGAGGAAAAUAUCCCCCAAAGUUAGAAGCAAUGUACGUUGGGUAAAAAUGAAUAUUUGUGCCACAAAACUAUGUGACAUAAUGCAAAGAACUGCAGGUUAAAAGAAGCAUAUUAAAAUUAUCAAGAGUUCUAUUGUGAACUUUGUAGUAGACAUCCCAGAAGUAUAAGCUAGAGCAGAGCCGUGAUUGCAAUAAUAAAUGAAAAUAGGAAGAUACAUGUAGGAUGUUGCCAUUUUACCUGUCUAAAAACUACAUAUUAACUGUCCAGUGUUUUGGGGGGGGUGAAGGAGAGUCAAAUUAUUAUUUUGCAUGUAAUAUUUGUCAACAGUUUCUGCAUAUCUUGAUGAGCAUUAUUAGUGAGGAAUCUUUUUAAAAAGCCUUUAGAGAAUGACACUGUUUCAGUGAUAGAUUUUACUGUAAAAACAACAAAGCACAGGGAAGAUAAAUACUGUCCUGGUUUCAGAAUAUAUGUACUUUAUUCCCAUGCAUUGGCUGAUAGGAAGAAUAGAAAAUCAUUGUAACCCAUGCUGUUAAAUAACAUUGCUGUUAUGUAAUUCAAGGCUAAAACCUGACCCAAAAGCAGGUCUUGCUGUGAAUCCACCCCUUUCCAAAUCUCUUAUAGUGCCCCACUAUAAAAAAAAAAAUUACACUUUGAUUGACAGAUGCACGAUUCAGGUGUAAAUGCUAUGAAAUAAAAUGAAAGGUGAUUUAUCUGUAUAUUUGGAAUAAAGUCAUUGUAUAGAUCCAUUGGAAUAACUAAAACCGGACCCUGAUUGCUGUAAAUUACUGCCAAGAUGUAUGUUGUGCCCAAAGAUUAUGUGAAAUUGGCAGCUUUGUUCAUUCAGAAAAGACCCGUGCAAUUUCCACCUGGUCUUCUUUCCCGGCCUUGGGACUGUGGCAUAUGUAGAAGAAGCUCUUAGAUACCGCUGUCAGUAUUAUUAUUAUUAUUUUUCAUAGCGUGUUUGAGAUGACUUUUCAGAAUAUUAGGAAGAUGUUCUCCCUAAUUCUGCACCUGUACUAAUGCCACCUUGAGUUGCUUUGGCUCUUUUAUUUUCCCUCUGUGUUCAAUCUAUAAGCAGUGUUAUGUCAAGAAAGGGUUUGUGUGGUAGGUGAGAAUUCUUCCUUGUAUCUGUUUCAGAAGACUGUGUCCUUCAUGAUCAUCCACUUCUUGGGACAAAAAACGCGGCUCUGUUCAAACCAAGAAAUUAUAUUUACAAGGGACACCAUCACCAGAAUUAAAAAUAGACUGGUAUCUUCCCGUUACAGGUAGUCCUUGACAACCUGGCAACUAUAUAAAUUGCAAGUGACAGGACCUGGGAGUCGUAUAGAAAAUCCUGCCGUCAUUAAGCAAAUCCAUUGUUCUCUGGGGUGCAUUCCAACACCCACCCACCCACCCCGGAAACUGGAAGUAAAUUCCUGUUUCCAGAAGAAGUGAUAAAUUACAGUCACAUGACUGCAGGACGCUGCAAACAGCCUGACUCCCCAAAAUGCGGUCACGUGACGGGGGCAGCCAUUGGAACUUCAGAACCGGGUCUUUCAGGGGGUGUCCAUGGUAACUUCGAAUAAUCGCUAAGCAACCAGUUGUAAGUUGAGGGCCACCUGCAGCUGCUUUCCAGUAAAGUUCUUUGAUCUGAUGCUCCUCCGUUGCCAUUUACAUCUGGAGGGCAACAGGCAGCCAUCUUAUUCCUAGCUAAAAACUCUGGCAUUCAUUCCACUGACAUCCUUGUAAAAUGCGUUGCCAGGUGAAGGUUUUAGGUAUUGUGCCAUUUACAGUUCUCAUCAACAGGUGAAUUGUGUAUUCUUUGUAUACUUUUUAUUUCUUUAAAUAUGUAAAAAAAAAAAAAGGAAAUGUAUGUUGUACAUACCAUUCUGAUGUAAACGUGUUCACACUUUAUUGUUCCAGCAUAAAGCAUGGAGAUAAUUAUUUAAGAUAUGCUUGUAUUUAUACCUCAGAUAUUCUUUGAAGGAGAGGCAGGGUGUUUGUAUCUCCAGUUUGGCUGUCCUUUCCUCCAGUGUAAAUAUGUCCUACACAACUGAAAAUAAAAGAUAAAAAAAGAAGAAAAGGUUUAUAGCUUGCUAUUAUAUGCCCGUACAGAACAUAGUCAAUAAAUGCACUAUUAAGUGUU